GUUUGUGAGCGUAUGCGUGAGGUCUUUUCCAGCGUUCUUGGACUUAUGCAGGAAUUCACUGGCGUGUGGGUGAGGGAUCCUCGCAUCCAGAAAGAGGAUUUCUGGCAUGCUUACAUGGAUUAUGAAAUCUGUAUACAUACAAACAGUCUGGCCUUCACUAAGAAGAGUUCCUGUGUGCGGCGGAGAUACAGCGAGUUUGUGUGGCUAAGACAAAAGCUACAGGAAAAUGCUAUGCUCAUAACACAUCUACCCAAACUUCCUCCAAAAAACCCGUUCUUCAGUCUCAACAAUGCCAGAGAGAUCGGAGCCCGUAUGGAAGGGCUCAGGAAAUUUCUAGAAGAGGUGGUUCACAGCCCGGUGCUGCUUUCCGACAGCUGCUUACAUCUCUUCCUACAGUCCCAACUAAGUGUGAAAAAAAUCGAGGCCUGUGCUGAAGGCCGAAGUCGCUACACUGUCUCUGAGGCCAUUCACAGUUCCGGCUCAGGAAACAAACGCUUUGAAUCUCAAUCUGAAGGGAGCAUGGAAGAAGAGGACGAUGUGCACUGUGAAUCAGAGUGAUAGACUCUUUUCUACUAAAAACAUAAAGACAUUGCUGAGGAACAAUAUUCAACAAUGAAGAUUACAGCACAUGAGGAGAGACAAUGGAACAGGAAAAAAGUUACUAUCAUUGCUGAAACGGUGUUGUUUUGUCUCGCACUCAUACUUUCUGUAUUGAUGAAGAUAACCUAAUA